CCCGGGGACGGGCGGGGACAGCGGGCGCCCCAGGGGCCGCCGACAGGGCCGGGGGCGGAGCGGGGCCCGCCGCCAUGGACCCGUUCCUGGUGCUGCUGCACUCGGUGUCGGCCGGGCUGUCGAACAGCGAGCUGACCGAGCUCAAGUUCCUGUGCCAGGGCCGGGUGGGCAAGAGGAAGCUGGAGCGCGUGCAGUGCGGCCUCGACCUCUUCACCGUGCUGCUCGAGCAGAACGAGCUGGACCGCGAGCGCACCGGGCUGCUGCGCGAGCUGCUCGCCUCCCUGCGGCGCCAGGACCUGCUGGCGCGCCUGGACCGCUUCGAGGCGGGCGCGGCGGCCGAGGCCUCGGCGGAGGAGCGAGAGCUGUGCGCGGCGUUUGACAUCAUAUGUGACCACGUGGGGAAGGACUGGAGAAGGCUGGCCCGCCAGCUGCACGUGUCUGACGCCAAGAUCGAUGCCAUCGAGGAGAAGUACCCCCGCAACCUGACCGAGCAGGUGAGGGAGUCGCUGCGGGUCUGGAAAAACAGCCACAAGGAAGACACGUCCGUGUCCCACCUGGUGAGGGCGCUCAGGGCCUGUCAGCUGAACCUGGUGGCCGACUUCAUCGAGGACGAGCAGCAGGCCCGGCGCCUCGACAGCGAGAGCAGUGGAGGCGGCAGCACCAGCACCAGCACCGUGUCCCUGAUGUCACGGGACUCAGAUAGGCCCUCCUCGGGGGUCCCCUGGUGACCCAGCGGCUCUUCUCCGGGGGGGACCCGAGGGCAUCUGCACAGCCUGAACUUUGGUUCCCCACCAAGGUUGACCAAGUGCCUUCCGCAUGCCAGUGCCGUGGAGACGUGGCCGUGAGCCGGGACGGGGAACCCCAGCACGGUGGCUCCAUCGCAGCUGGCAUCCGGUGUGCCCACGCUCUGUGCCAGGCGGGGCUCUGGGCGCGUACAGAUGCUCUCACUCAUUCCUCGGGUCGCCCCGGAGAGGGAGAGUCUGUUGUCCCAUUAAAUGAGGCCCUGUGGGAGGAAGUUUUGGAUCCACGUCCAGCACACAGAAGGGACAUGAAAAUCACUGUCGUCAGCAUCCGGGUGGGGAGACAGGGCUGAGGCCAGUAGCCACGGUCAGCAGCCGUGGGAGGGCAGGGUGUGGAGCCAGGGCUGUCGGCUCCAGAGUCCGCAUGCGACCAGGGGGUCUUUCUGCUGCUCCCAGAGCUAGCCAGAGGCUUUGAGGCCGGCGGUGUAGACCUGUUACCAGGGAUGGUGGCGUGAGGAAACCUGUGGGCUCGUGGCCUUUUCGUGUGUUAAGGGACGGUAAGGUUUACGAGGAUGGCCAGAAGUGACACCGUUAAGUGCUCAGAGGUGAUGGGGGCAGAGUCCUUGCUCUACAAAUGUUAGUUCUUAGCAGUAUUACGACUUCUCUGAUGCCACAGCUUGUUAUUUUGUAUCAAAAUCACUGUUCUGAUAGCCGACUUAGUAAGGGAGCUGGGUGCUGUAAUUUUAAGAAGUGGUCUCUUCCUGCUUUCAAGUCAUCCUAUUAAAGCCUGUGCCUUGAUGGGGAAAAGCUCCACAAUACAGAGAAUUUUCCAUUCCGA